AUGCAGAAGGCCGUCUGUGCUGAGAGCUACUUCUGCGGUAAAGAAGGCAAGUUCUGGCAUAUUUUCUUCGUGGCCGCCGCCGCACCUGCGGCGAGCCGUGCGGAGUCUCGCCUGGCCGAGGCUGCGGCUGGGGUUCUCAUGGUUCUUACAUCCCUUUGCAUGAUCGCCUUCUUCAAGACGAGACGGCCGGAGAGCAAGGUGCUGGAGGUCGCGAUCUAUGUGUAUGGCGCGGCGCUGGCAUCGUUCUUCAUUUCCAGAGCGUACGGGCGGGGUUUCAAGAGGGACAGCAGCGUGGUGUACUUUGUCCUGUCGCCUUUCAUCGUGGCCGGACUGGAAACAGACCGGCUCUUGGCAAAGGCGUUGCUGAAGCAGUCGAGGCAGCUCAAGGCUGGCUUUCAAGGCAUCCGCAACGCUCAGAGCUCCAACCCUGCCGACCGCGAGCGGAUCCAGAACGAAAUCGAAGCGACAGGUGCCGAAUCCGAAGUGGAUGCCGCCAUCUCGGUCCUGCUGGACAUGGGCCAGUCCUCCUCUGGGCUGCGCGAGGUCACCAAGUGCACCGGGCCCCUGGGAGAUAUUUCGACUUGGAGUCGGACGUUGUUCUUUGUCAGCCUGAACUGGUGGAUCAUCAAUGCCAACCAGCUUUGGAGUGGCCGCGUGCUUCGGAACGACCCCAGGCACAUGCCCGACUGGCUGCGCCCCGUUGUGUUCAGCGCCGCUCUCCUUGAGUGCGUCGCCUUUCUGAUCAUGUUCGUCCUCUUCCCUCCGCAUCGGAAGGCCUUUGCGGAGAGGAGCCAGAUCCUGAUCGUCCUCUUCCUGGUGGUCGCCAAUGCUGCGUCCUUCCAGGGGCCUGACUACGAGUAUGCCUACACCUUCCUCCUGAACCCCCUGAUCCUCGCCCUGUCUGCAGCCGGCCCCGUCUUCGUCGCCCGGGUGCCCCUGCUGGGCGUUCCGCUGGUGCGAGCCCUCUUUGGCCGCAAUCCCCUCCGAGCUGCCGAGCUCCAGAGCCCUCCAAGGGCUCCCAAGACGGAGGAGGAACAGGAGCCCUGUGUAACCUUCAGCCUCUAA